AUGUUUUUGGAUGCUGAACCCGAAGGUAUUCCACUUGGUGAUGUUCCAGUGGACGAGGAUGCCGAUUUUAAGCGUAUGGAGGGGCAGCUUCGGAAGCUUUCACGCGAUAGGAGGCGUAAAGGCCCCGCCAUAUCAGACAUGCGGGAGAGCUUGAAUGACCGUGCCCAUGAACUCGCUAAGGUUGUUGUCGCGGACGACGUCAGGUGCUUGAAAGACGCAUAUCGAGGGAUCCAGAAGGAGGAUCUGAACCUGCACAAGGACAAGGACUUUAGAGAGCUAGCCAAUCAGCGACGCACGGCCAGUAAAAAAGAUGUCCCUGUUGCCGAAAUUGCCACUAUUGAAGAAGCCAUGGAUGCAAGGGCAGCCCAAAUUGCCGACGACGUCAUUAAGAAUGGGCGAGCCUUUUUAGAUCCUCAACCGGAAGGCAUGGACCUGGCAGACGUUCCACUGGAUACUGAUGAGCGCUUCGCCUCCAUGGAGGCUGAGCGCCGAAGACGGGCAAAAGAUACUCGAUCUGCCAAAAGAAACAAGGACAUUAUCCGCGACCUCGAAGAUGAGAUGAAUGCGCGCUCG